AUGACAAGCAUUGAGCAGAUUCAAAUCAGCGGUGUCCGCAGCUUUGACCCCAACCCGGCUCACCGUCAGACAAUUGUUUUCCAGAAGCCUCUCACUGUCAUACUCGGAAAAAAUGGCGCGGGUAAGACAACAAUUAUCGAGGCAUUACUGAAUGCCUGUACGGGACAAAUGCCUCCGGGUAGCGGCUCUGAGAAAAGCUCCUUUGUGUAUGAUCCUAAGGUGAUGGGCGAGACGGAUGUCAAGGCGCAGAUCCGUCUCCUUUUCACCGGGAGAGGCGGCAAGGUGAUGCAGGUAAUACGUUCCUUUCAGGCUUUGCGUACUCGCACCAAGACAACCUUCACGACGCUUGACAGCACUGUGGCAUUUCAGGAUACCGCGACCGGUAAGGUUUUGUCUAGCACUUACCGCGCCAACGAUGUGGACCGUGCCGUGCCUGAAAUGUUGGGUGUCUCCCCGGCGGUUCUAGAGCAUGUUAUCUUCUGUCACCAAGAGGACACCAAUUGGCCGCUGUUGCCGCCCAAAGAGGUAAAAAAAAUAUUUGAUGAGAUUUUUGCGGCGACUCGCUAUGUCUUGGCCCUCGAUCGACUUCGGGAGAAUAGCAAAGAGUUCCGCCGACAGCAAAAGGAGCAUGAGGCGAACUUGAUGGCGUUGCGAGAGCACCGGGAGCAGGCCCAACAGCUCACGGGUGACAUUGCAGCGAAGGAGGAGUUGGUCCGCACAAUUCAGCAGCGAGCCAAGUCGUUGGAACCGCAACUGAAGGAACUGCAUGCUGUCACGGCAGCGCUGAGUGCUGUGGAGCAGGGCGCGGAAGGUUUGGCACGCGAGGCUGCCAUGAUUCAAGGCCGCAUCGACGAGAAGCAAGAGUCAUUGAGUCGAAUGACCCUUCCUCCGAUGACUUUGACGAUAGAGGAGAUGUUGGAAUUUAAACAGGGGUUUGCUGAGCGUAUCAAAGGCCUCGAGGCAGACGCAUCCGAUAAGGCGAACCUCCUUGAGAAGGCUGAGGCAAAAAAGCAGCAAUGUGAAGAAACGGCGCUGCGUCUUCGCUCCACCACUGAAUUUCUUGAGCAGCAGGAGCGGCAAUAUAAAGAAAGCCGUAUGGAGCUUCAGGGAAUUGUCAAGAACGUCUCGACAGGACUUGUCUUGGGUGAUGAUGACAUGUGCGAGGAAGACCUGCAGCGUGUGAGCGAUCACUUGAAUGCGGAAUUACAAUUGGCGAGGGCAGAGCGAGACAAGGCAUUGAAGGAGUUUGAUGACGAGAAGAAACUCCUUGAGGAUCAACGGAACAUGUUGCUUCGCUCAAUGGAUGCCGAUAACAAGGAGAAGGAUAUGAAGGAGGACCAACUAAAACACCUACAUCAACGCGUCGUGAGCACCGAGGAGGCAUUGGGAAAGUUGAAGCCGUAUGUUGGAGCUACAUACCUUGAGUCACUGAAGAAAACAAUAUCCGAAUUGGAGCAGCGUUUGGAGGUAAUGGAAGAAUUGAAGAAGAAAGGGGAAAAUUACAAACAACGACAAGACAUAUUGCAGAGAAUAGAUGCACAAAAUCGCAUUGUUGCAGGGUUGCGUCAAGAAUUGGCGAGACACAAGGAAUGCUUGGGUGGUGAGGCGGAGAUGAAUCUUCUUCGGACACAGAUUACAGAGAAGGAGAGGUUUCUUGAGGCUGAGAUGAGGGAGACACUCGUGCCGGAGUUGUCUAAUUUUGGGCACGAGAUGACUGAGGGACGUUCCCUGUCGCAGAUUUCCCUCCUCAUUGAGCAGCUCAGGGAACAAAAGCUUGGGGUACUCCGAGUUAUUCAAACCGAGCACGGUGAGCUCGAUCGUCAAAUUGCCGUGCUACAACAGAAUCAGGCGCAGCGAAUGGAGGAAAUAAUGCGGGAAAACUCCGAGUUGCAGCGGAAGCGCACAAACUGCGUGAAGGCACUUGAUGGCUUGGGUGAAAUUGAUCAUUUUGAGGCUGUCCUUGAGAAGGCCCGUGAUUUAUUAGAAGCAGCGAGGAACAGGCAUCAUGCACUGGAGGCAAUGUCA